AUGGGAAGGAAUCCAAAUUCUGAAUCAGCAAGAAAUCUUCGAACCAACGUAUCUGUCGCUCACCUCUACCACGUGUCACGACCAAGCCAUCUAAGUUGGAAAGAGAAAGUGGAACUGGCACUUGAAGCAGACUUUCUAGAUGAAGAACAGAAUGCAGUCGGCCAUUGUGCUUGUCUUAUUCUUAAGCCUGGAAACAGUCAAGAUUUUGGCAAUAAUAAUUUUAAAAAAUCAAAAGCAGAAUUUUAUGAAAUUCUUAAAAAAGUUCACGCCGCUGGAGGGAAUUCAAUCCGAAUCUGGCUACACUGCAGAGGUGAAAGUACACCCUACAUGACAAAUGAUGGAAUGACUAUCAGACUGGAUGUUAGGAACACUUUCAUUUAUGACGUGCGCGAAUAUUUAUGGAUGGCGCGUCGACUUAACAUUCUCGUCUUUUUAGUUUUGUGGAACGGAGCUUUACCUAUUGGCAGUCAACACUGGAAAUUACAGGGUCUUUUGAAAGAUGGUGUGAAACUUCAGUCUUACAUUACCCGGGCUCUGAAGCCUUUGGUUACAGCAAUAAAAGACGAACCUUCUCUUGGAGGAUGGGAAAUCAUCAAUGAACCUGAAGGAGUCAUUAAAACUUAUGUGCCGAGCAAAAAUCGCUGUGAAAAUACACUCAAGUUGAUUUUCUCAGGGGCUGGUUGGGCAGGAUAUGAAUUCACAAUGCGAGAGAUCCAAAGAUUUAUCAACUGGCAAGCAGAUGCGAUUCACAGCAUUGAUCCCAAAUCUCUAGUCACUGUUGGGGCUUGGAGUGUCCGUUCUAUGACCGACCAACUUGGAUGGACAAAUUAUUACCAUGACAACUGCCUUUAUGAAGCAGGUAGACGAAGUUUGGGUUAUUUGGAUUUUUUUGAAGUCCAUUCAUAUGCCACAUUUGGUUAUUAUAGAAAUUUCUCUCCAUUUAAGAACGAGAAAAAAGCUUAUGGGUUAAAAAAACCAAUGAUUAUUGGGGAGUUUUCGCAGGCGGCCGGAGCUGGGAUGAAUAUCACUAAACAGUUCGAAUACAUAUACAACAACGGAUACUCGGGAGCUUGGUCUUGGCAAGCCAACGCAUUGGGUAAGAACUCCGACAGUCUGGAAACUCAACUGAAAGGACUGAGAACUUUGAAGGGCCGUUCGGAUCAUGGUUAUAUACAAGUCAUUCUAGACUAG